AUGGGGAAUACAGAACACCGGAAAUGGGAGGAGAAAAGUGACGUUUACAAACAAGCGCAUCAUCCGCCGAGCAGUCAUGCUGCAAAUGUCAUCUCAGGAAAAGAGCUUGCUCGACAGAUCCACAAAGAAGUCCAAAAUGACAUAGCAGAGAUGGCCGCUCAAGGCAGCAGAAGGCCUCAUCUAGGUGUGAUCCUGGUUGGUGAUGAUCAUGCUAGUCACUGUUAUGUGAGAAAUAAAACGCGAACUGCCACUUUGCUUGGCAUGUCCAGCAGUACCAUCUUCAGGCCUGCAUCAAUCUCUCAGGAAGAACUGCUGGAGCUGAUUGACAGAAUGAACAAAGAUUCAAGAGUCAGUGGUUUGCUAGUCCAGCUUCCUCUCCCAGAUCACAUUAAUGAGAGGGCUGUCUGCAAUGCUAUCGCUCCAGAAAAGGAUGUGGAUGGAUUCCAUAUUGUAAACAUCGGGAAACUUUGCUUGGAUCAGAGAUGCAUGGUCCCAGCUACAGCAGCCGCUGUCUGGGAGAUCAUCAGAAGAACUGGCAUCGAGACUGUGGGUAAGAAUGUAGUCGUUGUUGGGCGCUCCAAGAACGUGGGAAUGCCUAUUGCCAUGCUCCUGCAUUCAGACAGAACACACGAACGCCCUGGAGGUGAUGCCACGGUAACCAUUGCUCACAGGAGUACCCCCCUGCCUCAGCUGAAGGAGCUUACAUGUUUAGCUGACAUUGUCAUAGCAGCUGCAGGUGUUCCUCAUCUCAUAACAGAGGACAUGGUAAAACAAGGUGCUGCGGUUAUUGAUGUUGGCAUCAACCGUAUCCAGGACCCGGUGACUGGAAAGAGUCGUCUUGUAGGAGAUGUUGACUUUGAAGGCGUGAAAAAGAGGGCCGCAUUUAUAACACCCGUUCCUGGCGGAGUCGGUCCGAUGACUAUCGCCAUGGUGAUGAAGAAUACUCUAAUUGCUGAAAAAGAAAUUAUAUUCCUGAGGGAGAAGGAAGUGAUGCGGAGUGUUAUGCAGGCGUGGACGCGAAAGAGACCAACCUUGUUUCGUGAUUGGCUGUCGGCUUUAGCGUACGGGACAGUACUGAGCGAGUAUAAAAUGUUUAGAGAUGCCAGUAGAGCAAGCGCCACAGGAGGAACAUUCAGCACCAAGAAGUCUCCAAAAACAAGUCUCUGGUUCAAUCCAUCUCAAAUCAUAAGUGAAUAA